UUGCGUAGCGUACGCACAGCGCACACUCCUGCGCACCGCGAUCAAGGAUCACUCCUUAUUUUAAUUCCCAAUUAAUUAACCAUCUCUUUCGCACAUAUGGAUUUUGGUGAGAUGGAUAGAUAAACAGAUAAAUUAGUGUUCGUGAUAGAAUCCUGUUAGAAUUGUUUAUUUAUAAUGGUGAUUAUGUGGAAUUUACUAGCGUUUGUUGUGGCUGUAAGCUUUUAUCCGUAUUCAGUUGAUGGAUCGUUAGCAGACCAGCUGUCAGAAACCACACAGCUAUGCUGCAACCAAGGCACAAUGUACGCAAGGAACCACACGUCGGAGGACUGUUCCUCCUCCAUACCUCCUGAUGUGCCGUCAGCGUUUGGUACUCUUUGUAUCUUCGCUAUGGACCAGUGCUGUAAAGAGUACUUUCAAAAGAAGAAAGACUGCGAAAUAGGAGUGGAUCUUGCGACUACCACGAACUCUUGCGCAUCAACUCAAGACUCUACCAAGAAAUGUUGCCUCCAAUGCAUGGGCGGCACAUCGAUCGGCAAAGCGCGUGGCGGGUCCGCGUGCAAUCUCCCCAUCAGCGGCAAAAGCGCUGAGCAGCUGCUCGCGGCGGACGCGUAUUCGCAGUGUUGUAAGAACUCAGCAAGGCAAGAUUCUUCACCAAGACCUACAGCGCCACGACCAGUUUUCAAAGAUGAGGAGGUAUAUUCAGUUUGUGAAGAAUACGCACCCAAUGAGUUAUGUGCCCACCAUUGCAUCCCGAUACCGGGGUCUUAUAAGUGUGAAUGCAAUCCAGGCUUCAUGCUUAUGUCUGAUGGAAAGAAUUGUAAAGAGGUGACGAAGAACAGAUGCAAGCCACACAACCCGUGCCAGCACAAAUGCAACGAUAACGGCAUCGAAGUAAAGUGUUCCUGCAGACGCGGAUAUCAACUCAUGCAAGAUGGGAAAUCUUGUGAGGAUAUCGACGAAUGCUCGCUAGACCCUCCAGUAUGUCUCCCAAACACGCAAUGCCACAACAUCCUGGGCUCAUACAAAUGUAUUCCCUUGAAGCAUUCCAAGAGCCAGGAUAAGGGACAGUGUCCGAGUGGUUUCACCAGGAAUCUAGCUAAUAAUGCUUGUGAUGAUAUAAACGAGUGCAAGCUGCCCAACCCCCCCUGCCCCCCCUACCUAUGCACGAACACGAUCGGAGGCUAUGCUUGUGGGGGGACCCCGGGGGACCCCGCCAACCUCCCGCGGAGGGAGGAGCGGUGUCCCCCCGGCUUCAGAGCGGGGAGGGAGGAGGAGUGCGAUGACGUAGACGAAUGUGCAAUGAACAAAGACGACUGCAACAAGCUAUCGCAGUUCUGUAUAAACACUCGCGGUUCGUUCCAUUGUCAGGACAAAGGGUCACAGCAUUGCCCGCCUGGCUUUAAGAGUAAUAGGAGUACUAAUAAAUGUGAAGAUAUCGAUGAAUGCGAAGAAAAUGAGGACAUUUGCAAACCGAAUGAGAUCUGUGUCAACGUGCCUGGAGAGUAUGACUGUAAACCUAAACAUAGUAAAGCAGCCAAAUCGUCAUGUCCAGAUGGUAUGAGAGAGAAUCCAGAUACGAAAAUAUGUGAAGAUAUAGACGAAUGUGCAGAAGGCACGCACUUAUGUGACCAGUAUCAGAACUGUUUGAAUACAAAUGCCAGUCAUGAGUGCAUUUGUAAAGAGGGCUUCGAGUUGGACCAUACUACUGGAGCUUGUGUUGAUAUAAACGAAUGUGCAACCGACCAAAACACUUGCAUCCCGGAAUCCCAGCGCUGCGACAAUACCGUCGGCUCUUAUCUCUGCAUACGUUUCAUCUCUUGUGGUACUGGGUAUAUCCUCCACCACUCCACUAGUACUUGUGAAGACAUAGACGAGUGUGCGAUAGGCACGCACAACUGCGCACGCGCAGGUCCCGAAUACCACUGCGUCAAUAUACCCGGCUCGUUCCGUUGUCAAAAAACCCACCCCACCACACCACCACCACCACAACCGGAAUACGAAUACGAGUAUUAUGAUACUGACGAUGAAAUAGAAGGUGCUAAAAAUACCACCGAGGCAGAAACAACAACAACACCCCAGCCAGAACCAACAACAAUUACUGUAUCAUCGAGCACGACUAGCACAACUCCUGAACCACCAAAAACUGAAAAGGAACCGGAAAUCGAUAAUAACAUCGACGUCAACGAACCAAAGAAAGAAGAACCAAUAGAAGCUCCACAACCAACUGAAGUAGCUAAAACAGAGCCAAAAGAAGCAGAUAGAGAUAUAUAUCAUUUAGAUCCAGAAAACGAACCAAAAAUAACAGAAAUACCAGUAGAACCAGAAUAUCCUGUCACUUACCCAGAUAUUAAACCUACAGAAAAACAAAAUGAAGUGACAGAAAGUACACAACCAACUCCAACGUCUCCUAAAAUGGUAUAUGUAGAUGUUGGUGAAGGAACUGCGAUAGUGAAAGGUGAUAAAAAAGAUGAUGGCUCUGUAGAAGUGAAUACUAAAGAUCUACCGAAGAAUGAAUGGACUGUAAUACACGGGAAGCCGACGGAUUGUCAGCCUGGGUUUGAAUUAGAUGAAUAUGGCGCUUGUUUUGAUAUCGACGAAUGUGCAACAAACAGACAUACAUGUUCAGGCUUAACUGAAACAUGUAGAAACACUAUGGGUGGUUAUCUGUGUGAAUGUGCUUAUGGCUUCCGUCGAGAUUUGUCCACCGGUAUCUGUGUGUUCAUUAUCACAUCGACUUCGACUUCGACUACAUUAACACCUUCGACUACUUCUACUACAACUUCAACGACUACGUCAACGACCACUUCGACUACGACUCCAGCACCCACAAGUUCGACUUCGACUACAACUAGCACUGUCGCACCGCCAACUUCUUCAACUAGAAAUUACUUCUGGGGCUACCCGGACUACCGGCCAGUGAAAACAAGACCGUUCAUCCCCAUGACAACUUGUGACGCUGGCUAUCGGUAUAACGUACGACUUGGUACAUGUGAGGACGUGGACGAAUGUACCACGGGCAAAGCGAACUGUGCCGUGGGUGAAGUGUGCGUGAAUACAGCGGGUGGGUACCGAUGUGAGUGCGCCCCGCACUGGCGGUUAGACGCGCGCAGGCAACGCUGCGUGCCGCACACUGGGGGGGGCUUCCCGGAGGGGUACGGGAACCAGCCGGAAUAUUCUCCAGUGGAUCCUCAAGAUAUAAUUCCCAACACACACCACCAAAUUCCUGAACCUGAUAUUACAUCUUUUGAUCACAGUGGUCCUACAUCAAGCUGCCCUUGGGGCACUAAAUUAGGGGAUGAUAACACUUGCCAAGACAUAGACGAGUGUGCGACCGGGGAAGCAAAGUGUGGACCUUUACAGUUAUGCACCAACUUGCCUGGCGGAUACACUUGCAGUUGUCCCAAGGGACACCGACUCAUUGGGGACCAUGAGUGUGAAGACGUUGAUGAGUGUGCGUUAGGUGGUAGUGUGCCCAUCUGCUCUCAAAAUGCGGACUGUGUGAAUACAGUGGGAUCUUAUCAAUGUCGUUGUCACGAAGGUUUUAGAACUGCUCCCGUUAAUGACAAGGUGUGUGUGGAUGUGGACGAGUGUGUGGAAGGGCGCGCGGGCGAGCUGUGUGAGCAGCGCUGCAACAACGUGUGGGGAGCUUACCGCUGCUCCUGCCAUCGCGGGUACAGACUGCAACCCGAUAACAGAACUUGCGCAGAUGUAGACGAAUGUACGGAGUUCAAAUCGAAGCACCUCUGUGUGGGACGGUGUGUGAACGAGCCAGGAAGCUAUCGCUGUUCUUGUCCCUCGGGUUAUCGACUCUCUGAAGAUAAGAGGAGCUGUAUUGACAUAGACGAGUGCGAGACUGGUAUAGCGCCAUGCGCUGCGGGCGCGCAGUACGAGGGCGUGUCGGAUGUGUGCCUCAACACGCGCGGGGCUUUCCGAUGCCACCGCAUCACCUGCCCGCCUGGAUACCGCCUCGAGAGCAGGCAUCGCUGCACAAAGAUCCAAACAUACUGUCCGCCAGCUGACUGGGAGUGCGCACAUCAGCCCAGCACUUACAGCUAUAACUUCAUCACGUUCGUCUCCAUGCUGGAUAUACGGGAUUCUAAGGUGGAUCUAUUCACAAUGCGCGGCCCGAACUGGCCGUACGCGAAGAUGAACUUCAAGUUGCGACUCAUUGAUGUUAACGCCCCGCCCUCGGUUGAGAAAGCUGAUAUCAAUGCCUUCCUUCUGGUCCAAACGGGCAACCAAGCGGUGAUGUCGCUCACGCGUGGGCUCGUGGGCCCACAGAGCGUGGAGCUCGAACUGUCCAUGGAGCUGUUCAGUCGCGGACAGUUCGGCGGUAUCGCUGUUGCUAAGCUCUAUAUACACGUGUCGGAGUAUGAGUUCUGAGCACUUCACACGCACA